GAGGGAGACCCGCUGGUGAAUAAGAAACACUCAUUGAGAGAAGCGACAGACAGACAGAACUCCUCUUCCAACUGUCUCACCUCUACAGCAGCCCGACUCCCGUCUCUCUGCCGGGGCUGUUCGGUGUCGGACGGGUCAGCAGCGGACAGGUCACACAGCAGUGAUGUCAUCACUCCUCCUCUCCCUCCUCCUCCUCCCCGUCCUUCUCCUCACCCUCGCCUCCACGUUGGAGUUCCGUUACCACAGCAACCGUGAGAUCGAGCAGUACCUCCACCAGAUCAACGCCUCAAACCCGGACAUCACUCACCUGUACAGCAUCGGCCAGUCGGUCAGAGGUCAGCAGCUGUGGGUGUUGGCUCUGGGUCUCAGUCCUCGCCGUCACACCGUUGGCAUCCCAGAGUUCAAAUAUGUGGCUAACAUGCAUGGAAACGAGGUUCUUGGCCGUGUGCUGCUGCUUCAACUCAUCGAUGACCUGGUGGGUGGGUACCGUCGGAAUGAAACAUGGUCACUGCGGUUGCUCAACAGCACCCGGAUCCACAUCCUGCCGACGAUGAACCCAGACGGCUUCGACUCGUCAAACACAGACUGCCAGUACAGUGUUGGCAGGUUUAAUGAAAACGGCAUCGACCUGAACAGGAACUUCCCCGACGCUUUCGCGGGUCUCAAACGGCAGCAGCAGGUUAACGAGGAGAAGCGGGAGGCAGAGGUCAGAGCUGUGAUUGGCUGGUUGAGGAUGGAGAGUUUUGUUCUCUCGGCGAACCUUCACGGAGGAGCCGUGGUGGCCAGUUAUCCUUACGACAACAGCAACGGAGGCAGCGAGCAGGUGGGCGGAGCCAGCAUCAGCCCCGACGACGACGUCUUCAUUCACCUGGCGAAGACGUACUCGCACAGCCACGGCAGCAUGCACCGCGGCGACGUCUGCGCCGACAGCCGGCCGUUUCUGGACGGCAUCACCAACGGAUACCAGUGGUACCCUCUGUCAGGUGGGAUGCAGGACUAUAACUAUGUGUGGGCUCAGUGUUUGGAGUUGACUCUGGAGGUUUCCUGCUGCAAGUUUCCUCCAGUCGAUCAACUUCCUGCCAUGUGGAAAGAGAACAGGAAGUCUCUGCUGGACUUCAUCCAACAGGUCCACCUGGGGGUCAAAGGUCAAGUGUUCGACGGCUCUGGAGCUCCAGUACAAAACGCAGUGGUGGAGGUCAAAGGUCGCAGUAACAUGUGUCCGUUCAGAACCGACAAACAUGGAGAAUACUACAGACUGCUGCUGCCUGGAAACUACAGCUUCACGGUGACGUACCCGGGUCACGAGGUUCUGACGGAGACACUUGAAGUCCCAUAUGGUCCUGAUAGCUACUCCGCCAUGAAACACGACUUCCAGUUACGACAGCUCGCCGCUACAACGGGCAGCACCUCGACUAACCUCACCCAGGCUAACCCCACCACUUCCUGUAACCACACAGUACAGCUGCAGUCGGGCGGCGCCAUCACCAGGCCCGCAUGGACACGGCUCGCUGUGGGGUUCGGACUAGUGGCGGCGCUGCGAUCACUGAUCGGCUGAAGCCGCCUGGUGCUCAGUGUGACAAUCAACCUGCAGGAAAAACUGUUUACCUCUCGUCAUCAGCUUCGUCUGAGCCGGAAAAUUCUGAUUGGAGGUCAGCGGAGUUAGCCGAGGUGGAGCGUGAAGCCCUGGUCAGAGGAGAAAGUUCACUAGCUAGCUGGAUCGCUAACGAAGCAGCACUUAUUGCGGGACGAGUCUUUCUUGUGACAAAUGUACUUAUUGUUAGACACUUUGGACAGAAGCGUCUGCUAAAUGCCCUGAAUGUAAAUGUAAAAUUAGACGAUGAAAAAAAGGAAACUAGCUAAGCUGGUGGGCUAACGGCUAACAUGCUGACAGCCAGGAUUAAUGGUGAGUGCUUGUCAGACUUGAUGGCCAAGCUAGCUGGAUUACUAACUAGCCUGCAAUUUGUUCUGACAGUAAAAUCACACGACACUAAUUGGCAAACUACUGUAGCUUGUUAGCUAACAGCUAAUGAAGAAGGUUAAUGGGGAACAUGCUAAUAGCCAAGCCAGCUGGUUUGCUAGCUAAGUAGCAAGUCACAAAUCUGCCUCAAACAUAAAUUAAUGCAGUUUAUGAACAAGACACUUAUUUGUACCACUGCCUUUAUCUCGUAGGUUAUAUUUUGUCAGAGGUGCAACAUAGCUGAUACACUCGGGUAAAAGCUUUCUCUGUUUUUAAUUCUCUGAAUCUCUGUUCCCUCAAAUGUUAGCACUGUCCAGACAUUUUGCUGUCGCACAGUGGUGGAGAUUCACUUCACACAUUUUGCACAGAUUUUUAGCUCCCUCAGCAACUUGCAGGUUGCAGCACUUUUAAUGAAAUAUAAUGUGUUUUUGAUGAAAAGUACAUGAUUUUAAAGGCUGGUGGUGAUUACAGUAACUACUGAAAAGCUGAACAUGUGAGAUAAAAAAAUGUAAAGACUUUGUAUUCCUCAAGAGAAGCUAGGGCUUUUGUUACAAUUUCCAGAAAUACCAGCAGCCAAUCGCAAGACCAUGCAGAACUCCAUAAGAAAAAGUGAGGAUUUAAGGGAAAGGAUUAAGAGAAACCUCAGGAGACGUUGAAACAAUAAUAGGAACAUAAAGCACACACUGCCACUUUCCUGCACUGUUCAGACUAUAUAGAUAAGUUAUGCACUCUCACGGGAAUAAAGAGGUUUUAAAUUUGGACUGUGUUUAAAAGGAUCACAGUAGGAAAAAAGCUCCGCUGCCUGAGGAUUUCGUCUUCCCUGCUGAGAUGUUCCAGCCUGUGGAGGGAACGAUAAGGUUCAUUAAGUGUGCUGGAGAUGGAACAUGUAAUUUUAUAUGUGAGGAGCAGAACUUUAAAAGUAGCACUUGCAGGGCCUGAGUGCUGUUUUUAGAGAGGGAGGAAGUAUUUAAGGACAUCACAGAACACCAGUGUUAGAAUCACGACGACAUGACCUGCGAAAUUUAUACGAUCUCGUGAGGCGACGCAUUAAUCAUCUGAGCUCGCUGAGCUGCGUUUGAUUUACGACUCCAGAGGGCGAAUAAUACAGCCGCUCAUCUUUUCUGCUUAUUUUCUGUGUUUUGGGAGUUUGAAACCAUCUUAUUCAUUCCGAUGUGAUAGAUCAGACCAGCAGCUUCUAUCCUGAGGCUUUAACAUCUUUAACAUCAGGACGCUUCUGCCUUUGGCGAUUCUUAAACUCCAGAACUUGCCUUAGAAUUAUCACAUUUUUUAGUUUUCUUCAGUAUCAAAGUGAUCCAGUGAUAAUUGUCUGUUCGUCUAUGUGUCCACGGCAAACAGGGACAGCUAACAGCUCAUUCGGCAUAUUUUUGAUGGUGCUACUUUGCCAAAUUCAAACAAAUGUGUCAUUUCAUGUUUUUAAUCAACCUGAAUGUGUUAUUUAGUUUUUCCCUGAAUUAGAGUGUUUAACAAAACUAUAAUGAUGUAGCUGUAAAGGACAUUUUUCUUGAGUUCGACAUUCCAAGAACAUCUUGGAACCUGAUGAAUGACAUUUUCCUUUGCAGAAAUCAAACAUCUAAUCAAUUUUAGGCGUUUUUUUGAUUAUUCAAGUUUUAUUUAAUCUGCAUUUUUGGUAAAAUAUCCCACAGUGAUUUUUAUACUCCUGUAACACUGACACUGUCCUCUGUGGGUGUCAGCUGAAGCCACAGCGCGUCCAGUAUCUGUACACGGAAUAUAUUUAUAUACAUCAUACAACACACGUGUAUCAAGUUCACAGCAGCUCCGAUAACAAAACAACAGCUGUGAAGCUUCUUUUAACACGAGGUCGGAGGUUGAAGCUCAAAUCUCAGCGGCCGUCUGCACAUUUUUCCUUCAUUCAGACUUCGUUUUUUGCCAAAUAUUGUUAGAUUUUCUACUUUUGUACUGUUUGAUAUUAAUGAUGCUUCAUGAAUAAUCCUAUGUGCCAUGUUGUAACUGUGGUGACUGCAGGAUCCAGUCACAGAUAAACGUCUGACCUCAAA